AGAUCUCUUGUUUUGUUUCAUGAACGUUGAGGUUGACUAACGAAUUAAACAGUUCUGUUUUUGAAUCUAAGUUUAUGUUUUUGUCCUAAACUAUGUGUUUACUUGCAAUGAAUUUGCCACUAACUUGUUUAUAAUCUGUUAUAUGAAGCAGGAUGGUUAGCUGCUACCGUAAUCCAUGUGUGAAGUUUGAGAAGAAUUAACUUUGGUUUGUGAGCGACUUUCGAAUCAGCUGUGCUAGAUUUGCUUUCAACUUUAUUCGAAGAUGGAUCGUUGCGAUACCUCAGGAUUUGUAAGCGGCGGUGGAGAUGCUUAUAAGUUGUGAGCAUGCAUUCCAGAUUCCAGAACAGUGCUUUUGCUGGUAAUUCCUCAUCGAAUUCUUUUAACAUUUUGGGCCGUUCCCUUCAAGUUGAAGUCCCUGAGGCCGCGGAUACUACUCUGCGUCUUGAUUCCCUUGCCUCUCCGUUGUCUAAUGCCAAGGGAAUCAAAAGGAAAUGGAAUCUGAUUGAUGGAUCUGAUCCUUUACUUUCCUUAAGACUCGGUCACUCUUCAAGCUCUUCUGAUAGCAAAGGGAGUUCGGCUACUGCUUGCACGAGUUUAUCUUCUGCCAAAGAAACUGAAGAGGCGUCCUCGAUGGAUAUUGAGUUGGACUUUAGCCUCCAUCUUGGCAACGAGAAAUCGGCGGCUAGCAACAAAAAGCCAGCUAAUUUGAAAAUGAAAGGGUUGCAGGUCCCCUCCCCGAAAUUUGAUCUUGAAUUGAGUCUUUCUGGUGGAGGAUCCUGUCAAUCUGAGAUCACUGCGGUCCAGCAGCACGCCAACCGAUUUCAAUCUCUUGCUGACAUGCUGCGUGCAACUAAUGAAGAAUCCACAUCAUGUGGUUGGAGGCCAGGGUUUGGAUUACCGACAUUGCAAGCCUCUUCAAGCAAAGAAACAAGCUCCUUCUUAGGCCAUGUUCCCAAAAAUGUCAUCAUUCCUGCUGCUCAUGUUCCCAAACUGUCAUCUAGCACGGCAGCAACAACACCAAUAAGCUCGGGUACAUGCACUUCCGGUUUAUCUCAGCAGCUGAAGCCACAGCUUAAGAAUUCUUCUAGUUCCAAGUUAUGUCAAGUAGAAGGAUGUCAGAAGGGAGCAAGAGGCGCAUCUGGCCGUUGCAUUUCUCAUGGUGGUGGACGUAGAUGCCAGAAACAUGGUUGCCACAAGGGCGCUGAAGCACAUGGAGGAGGGAAACGGUGUGCGUGGGGUCAACCCGAGACAGAGUAUGCAGGACAGUCUUCCUCUGGUCCUUGUACCUCGUUUGCUCGAGGUAAGACUGGUCUUUGUGCACUCCAUAACAGUCUGGUUCAUGAUAACCGGGUUCACGGAGGAAUGACUAUAACUUCCGAGAGCCAAGAACCGAGAGUAAGCAGCAGCGAAACAGAGAACGAGGAAGAGUUUAGCGGUUCUCAAGACAUGAACAUGGAUACAAUGAAAGCGAGAAGUGCUACCGGAUCUCCAGAGACUGAUGUUGAUCUCAAUGAGUAUGAAGCAGGAUUGGGGUUAGCUCCGGAAGGAAGAGUCCAUGGUGGAAGUUUAAUGAUGGCGAUGUUGGGUAGAGACGGUGGCUCUGGCUCUACCAAUGGGCCAAAGAGGUGGAUGUAAGUUGUCUUCAGUUCGGUUCCAGUCUUCAAUUCAACGCGUGUGGAGUUUUAUGAAAGAGUCUGUCUUUGUUCUAGUUUUAGGUUUGCUUAGAGAGUCAAAAAAAGGAUCCAAAGUCUGUGUCCUAUUUGUCUUGUAGAUAUUGAAUUAAGGGUCGAAGCAAAU